GCGCUGGGCUUCGAUGUGUCACCCUGGGCCGGGAUGUGAAAGGGAGAGACACCGGUCACCAAGCCCUGCUUCGGCCUCCUUCUCAUCAUCACCUGAGUUCUGAGUCCUCUCUUCAGUGAGGUGUUUCUGUCUGAGAGAAGAGCUGCUGCCAGGGGAAGUGGCUCAAGGACUCCAGGAUGUCUGAAGAGGAAGAAAAGGUGAAGUUACGCAGGCUUGAGCCAGCGAUACAGAAAUUCACUAAGAUAGUGAUCCCAACAGACCUGGAGAGGCUACGAAAACACCAGAUAAACAUCGAGAAGUAUCAGCGGUGCAGAAUCUGGGACAAGCUACAUGAAGAACACAUCAACGCAGGGCGCACUGUCCAGCAACUGCGCUCCAAUAUCCGAGAAAUGGAGAAGCUUUGCUUGAAAGUGCACAAGGAUGAUCUGGUCCUUUUGAAGCGAAUGAUAGAUCCUGUCAAAGAAGCAGCAGCCACAGCUACAGCAGAGUUUCUCCAGAUCCACUUGGAAUCUGUUGAAGAACUCAAGAAACAAGUCAAGGAUGAAGAAGUGUUCCUUCAGCCUUCUCUGACCAGAUCCACAACUGUUGAUGGAGUGCUCCACACUGGGGAGGCUGAAGCUGCUCCUCAGAGUCUGACUCAGAUAUAUGCCUUGCCUGAAAUUCCUCGAGACCAAAAUGCUGCUGAGUCCUGGAAAACCUUAGAAGCGAACUUAAUUGAGCUUAGCCAACUGGUCACUGAUAUGUCCCUCCUGGUGUAUUCUCAGCAGGAGAAGAUUGACAGCAUUGCAGACCAUGUCAACAGCGCCGCUGUGAAUGUUGAAGAGGGAACCAAAAACUUGCAGAAGGCUGCAAAAUACAAGCUGGCAGCUCUGCCUGUGGCAGGUGCACUCAUCGGAGGAGUGGUGGGGGGUCCCAUCGGCCUCCUCGCAGGCUUCAAAGUGGCAGGAAUUGCAGCUGCACUUGGUGGUGGGGUGUUAGGCUUCACAGGUGGAAAAUUGAUACAAAGAAGGAAACAGAAAAUGCUGGAGAAGCUCACUUCCAGCUGUCCAGAUCUCCCUAGCCAAAGUGACAAAAAAUGCAGUUAAAGCCCAAGCUUCCAGCUGGUGCUGUGCACCGACCUCAGGAGCAGCUUGCAGUUGUUGGAAGUGUUAGGGUGUGGCUCUCCGUGUCCACGCGGCGUUGAACCACCAUAAGUGGACGUGUUUGUUUGCUGGGUGUUGAUGGAGAGCUUAGAGGUGGAGGAGCCUGGGCAGAGAGUGUCUGUCAGUUUAAAGCCUGUCAAAGAGCAAAGGGAAUGUGAAAACUGGAUCUGUAACUCUAAGGAUCUAAGAUGUGUAGACAUAUAUUGGGCACCUGCGGGUCAGUGGAUUUGUAGAUGAUUUCUUCCUGUAGGGAGGAACAGAAUGUGAGUUCAGGAGUCUUUCUGUCAGCUAGGACUGAAGCUGCACAGCAGGGCACAGGGGAGCUGCUUGUGGACCUGAGGGCCAUUGUACUUAGAUCCAUCUAUAUUUUCUGGGGAAGGAAAUUAACACUAUAAAAUAGAAAAAGAAGCCCAUUUUCUCUUUAUAGUCUCUUCAUUGUGACCCAGAUGUUUUUUUCUGAAGUCUUUCCUGCCUCUCCAGAUAAGGAGCACAGAACCUCACAUGCUAGACCUACUAAACCAGCCACCAAGCCCAUUUCCAGCUGGCGAUUCUGAAAACUAAUCUGCUUCUAGGGUGAAUUCUACCCGUGUUAUAAGGAUUUUUCUCAUAAUCUGUCUUUUUAUAUAGUUUUCCACCUCUAGGUACCCCUACCUAUAAUCUCUUUAAUUGAAACAAGAAAAUUUAAAUACUUCCAACAUUAUUUGGGUUAAGGGGAGUACAGGAUCAUAUCACAGGGCACUUUAGAAGGGGCUAGCAUACCUGCCUCCAGGAAUCAAGGCCCCUCAGUCUUCUUGGGGAUCCAAGAAGGAGUUUCUACCUCACAUCUGUUACUGCUGCCAUCCCCUCUCCUGCCGCUGUUCCUCCCAGUGUUCACACUUAACUUCUCUCACAUUCUAGAUGGCCAAAUCCACAAGUCAGACCCAAGGAAAGAUCUGUGGUGCUAACCCAGCAGUUGACUUGGACAGCAUUCAUGGUCCAGUUCAGCUCCAUGUCUGUCUCAGAAAAGUUUGAGAUAUAGAGCAAAGGAAUAGGAAGAAGUCACUGGUCCCUCAACCCUUACCUCUUCCUGAGGAGAGUGCACUGUCAGGCAGAGCAGAGGCUCAGGGCUGAAGGGUCACCACUUAGCUUCUUUUCAGUGUGCAUUGAUGGUUGACCUCUGUUGGUUACUUCCUUUCCUUCUGUGUUACAACUUCCUUCCCCCAGUGCUUUGUGAGUCUUACCAGUCAUUCCUAUGAAACAGAGUACUACAUCUACAUCGUAUUAAAAGAUUAGAAAGUAUUGAGUAUUUAUUUAUCUGCUGACUUAAGACUUUAAUAGCAAACAAAAUUUGAAUAAUUGUUGGAUCCUGAAAUAUUACCAAACACAUUGGGCAUUAAGUAUUUAGAGUAAUUACUUUUAUUGUCAUUUUGUUCUCUGAAUCUUGCUGCUCCUUUAAGAUAGCAUGUCAAACCUGUGCAGGGGCAGGCAGAACUCAUCCAGAUUUUACUUAAAGUAAGAUUGUUUUGUUUUUCAAGACGGUUUCUCUGUAUAGCACUGGCCUAGCUGUCCUGGAACUUGCUCUGUAGACUAGACUGGCCUUGAACUCAGAGAUCCACCUGCCUCUGCCUCUUGAGUGCUGGCUGCCAUACCCAGCUAAAACAAGAUUCUUGAACAUUGACCCCAGGGUAAUUCAGACACAGCCAGUCCAGCCUGAUUACCUGGGAUUGAAAGGAUAAGUAGUGCUGUUUAAUUCUUUAAUCUCCCGUGUUCUACUUCAUCGUCUUCAUUAUUUAAUACUCAGCUCCAUUAAUCCCCAAAUUGUGAUCAAUCAGUGCGCCAUAACAGCCUCAGCACAUGGAGGUCAAAGAAGCAGGCGUGAGGCUUGGAUGUGAAGCUCACACCCUCUGGACUUGGCAUCUCUGCUGAGCCUGUAUGGGGACCGUUGACUUGUUCAUGAGCCAUCAGCAUUGGGCUUUUGACUCUAGCCAUCUUAAUACUUAAGGAAGUUACAGUCCUCUUUAACAUUUUAUUAUACUUUAACGUUAUUUAGAAAUUGUUUCUCAUUUCUCCACAAUAGAAUCCAAUAGCCAACUUUUUGUAGACAUUUCUUAGAAGUGUUUAAUCAACUAUAAAUGAUAUAAAAGUACUUAAAAGUAUAAAUUAGUCAAUAUGACACAGAAGUGAUCUUAAAAUUGAAUUUAAUAUGCCCCAUAGUGUCUAGUUAAAUUUAUCAUCUCUAUGAUUUAUGUCUUAUUUUUAUUUCAACUAGUUAAAAAAUCAUUUUUUAAUGUCUUAAAAUUUGUAGAGACUUCAUUUUAGUAAUGGCAGUCCUCCUAAUGACUUUUUUUGAUGUUAUAAUCUGAUAAUUUCUCUGAAAUUUUGGCAUAACCCACAGAAAAAAAUGUAUUAGAAUUGAACUUAUGUACAUGAAAACUGUUUAUCAUUAUGUGCAAUACAAUCUGUUUUUUUUCAACAUGCUAAUUUCAACCCACUAAACCAGUCUCAGUCUACAAAUAGAUUGCCACCCUCAGUUUUCAGAAAGAGUCCUCCCUAAGGAGGGGCUGGUGUUGGCCAGGUGGGUUGCUAGGCACAUCACCAGGCAUUCCUGGAUAGAUGGGUGACUGAGCCUCAGAGGAAUUGGGUAUUUUGCAGUCUUUCCAUUCCAAAGGCAGGACGCCUGGGUGGGAUGGGCGUUCUGAUGCCGGCCUCACUCUGCCAUGCUGUGCUGCCUCAGCACACGGAGGUGAGAGCCUGGAAGGCCGGCUGGGAAGGCCCAGGUGGGUCCUUUACUUCUUUGUCUUCUGGCGCCUCACCAGGUGUCCACAGCCUGCUCUUAAUUGUGGCCAUGCAUAGAACACAGAGCUCAAGUAUAAAAUGAGCACCACUCUCCCACCCUGCCCUCUACACAUUGGUUCAUAUCAUAGGCUAUGAUCACUGUUCAAAUGCUUUAUAUAAUUAAAAGUAAACACUACUUUUAAAAACAAAUCUCAUAGAUUUUAGAAUCAAUUAAUCAUUACGCUUUAAAUGAUGCCUCCCUGGGAAGCCAUGAACAAACGAUCAGGGGCGGGUAAUAGGCUAUUUCUGAACAUCUGCUUUUAGAUUGCCACCAAAAAAAAAAAAAUUGCAUGUUAAAUAACAAAAGCCAUGUCCAUUGUGUUGGCCACAGACUAUUUUCCCAUACCUUGUGACCCCGCUCUCUUCCCAUUUCAGUUCUGGCUCUUCUGUUGGCUUCCCUCUCCAACCUCACACACAGCCGCUUGCUGCGGCUGCCUAGAGCUGGGCAGACUUCUGGAGUAGGGGCUGGGGUUCUCCGGGAGCUCCUACCUAUCACAGAUGUCCUUCUGCCUUCCAUGUCCAUGCUUUCUGCAGAGUGAGGACUGGAAGCUGACAACACCUACUGUUAACAAGAAAUUUGGAAUCCCAGCUAGAAAUCUAGCACACAGUAUUUCCUUCCAGUAAAAGCCCAGAAGCCAAACCUUCUUUUGAGUUGUUGGAAAACAAAGGCAUUUCUCGGGAUGCCUCAGAAGUCCUUCCCCAUAGCAUAGACUCUGGAUGGAGGAGUGAAAGCCUGGAGCAAGGCCCUCCUUGGGCAAGCAAUACUUUAUCCUCAGAGAGGGGUGUGGCUGCUGCCCGCAGGUGCUCCGGAUGUCUGAGGACAUCCCCACAGUCGUGGAGGCCGAGCAAGUGCCUCCCCUCUGGCUCGGAGUCAUAACACACAUUCAGAUUCUGUUUGUCUGUGGAGUUUUGUUGUUCCUGUUUUCUGAAAUUGGGUUUUACUGGAAGCCCAGCCCAGGCUCGUUUUAAACUUGCAAUCCUCCUGCUGGGAUUACACACAUCCAGCUCUGUUUUAUAACUGCUACCAGCACGUGUUCCUAAUGAGUGAUUCUGUUUGUUUUCAUCACUUUGGCACCAUUUCACAGAAGAACUGUGUGUUAUUAAUAAUAAUAAAAGAACUAUGUAUCUACAUUGCUAUCUUCAAAGAUACUAACUUGUGACAAAAAUACAUCUGUGCAAUAUUAACCCAACAAAUAUACUGGAAUAAAAACAAAAAGUGCCAAAGGCAAAUGAUUUGCUCAAGAUCACAAAACUACUUUGUAUGUGAUCUAAGAGGAUGAUUUGGGGGGGAGGGGUGUAUUUUUACUAAGGUUUUGAUAGGCCAUGCCAAGUUGGCUGAUAAAGUUCGCAGUCUCUCAGCCCAACUUCAGUCUAAAUCAGGCAAAAUGAGAAGAAAUGUAAGAAUGCAAGUUCAUCUAAAAAGAGGAAGUUAAAUGCAGUUUCUCAGCUUUCCAAACUGUCAGUGCCUUCGCAGCCAGAGCACAAGGACCCUCCAUGGGCUCCUGUGGGUGCUCGUGUGUGAGCAAGACACUCAGUAGUUUGCUUGUUGCAUAUAGGUCUCAACUGUUCGAGAUGUUCCUCUUAGUGUUAAUUAUUGAAUUGUGUUACUGCGUUUCAUCAAUUAAACCCCUAAAAGGAGUUUCCACAUAAUCACUGAACUUUAGAUAUGGCAAGGUAAGGACAAGGAAAGGCUAAAUGGUGAAGAUUUCUUCAAAAUUCAAUCCUUUGUGAAUUGGUUUGUUACUAUGUUGCUGAAUGGUGCUUGAAUAAGGAAAUAUGCAAUAAAAUUCACCCAUUUGACAAACAUUAAA